UUUAUGAAUCAAGUCCAUCUCGAGAUAGCUCAGCUGGCGAAUAAUUUGUCUCUUUGACAGCUGAAUGGAAUAUGUCUACACUUGCCGAGCGCGCUUAUGGUUUGUUUGGAACUCGCAUACAGACCACAUGUGCUUUCCCCUUGUGGUCAUGUAUUUUGUGCUCGUUGUCAUGUGUUGUGGUUCAAAAAGGCAUUGCCAGAUGAGCCACCAUUUGCUCCGUAUCUGACAGAAGAGCAAAGGACAGAGGAACAACAACGUCGGACAUUACGAUAUAAAAAGCUUUGUCCGCAUUAUCGUAUAAGAGUUCAAGCCAGACCAGCAGAAGUUUGGAUGAUCAAAGGUCUGGUGGACAAGCUCGAUGAAAGUAUACGAUCAGGUCAAGGCAAUGAUAAGGACACAGACAUUUCAAAUAGCACCUCUUCUACUGACGCAGAAGCAAAUGAAGCUCGAGGCGAAAACCUGAAAGCAGGCACGGCACUUUAGGACACAAUUUUUCUACACAAUGAUAAGCCAUAUCAGCAUCCAUCCAUUCGCUAGCAUCACCUAAAGUUCUAGACUUUCCUUGGACUACCUGAUGGAAUGAAGAUAUCACGUUCUUUCGGCUUCCCAGCAAUUGAUGCUUGACAGCCUUAAUAUGUUUGAUAUGUUGCAUCGCUGCUGCUUUAUGUUUGACC